UAUUGUUUAAAAAAAUAUUGAGUAAAAAUUAACGAUCGCGAGGUUUUCGCGACGUAUUUCAGAGACGAAUAUUUGAAAGACUCUUUCCUGGUGACUUCCCUGUGAUUCAGUGCGUUUUUAGAAACAUGAGGGGUGCCGAUUGGUGCCUGCUCGUGGGUUUCGCGGCUGCACUCUUCGCCGCCGCCGCCACCGACGCGGCAGCCGCCCCCGGAGAGACGCCGAAGGGAAGUCCAAAACUACCCCGAACAAGUGCCGUUAUAGCGGCCGCCGCCGCGCAAAACAAAACCCAAAGUGGUCAGUUAAGAAACCCUAGAACAGUAUCUUCGACCAUUGGUCCACCACCAGGACGUGGUGCCAGCAGUAGAACACGAGAGCAGUACCUCUUCGAUGUGUUCGAAGCGAUAAUAUCGACGCUGGACUCAAAGCUACAGCGGAUCGAAAACUUAGAUAAGGCAGUAGAACAUUUGAUGAGACGCGUGGAGAACUUGGACUCGCGCGUGAACAAUAACAUCGACAAAACCGAAUCCGUCAUUUCUAAAUUACGACAUUUAGAUUUGAAGCUUUUCCAAUCGCCAUUCUUCACCGGUAAAGCAGAUCCCAAGUCUGAAAAUUCUGAUUUUGUUGAGAACAAUCUUGGUAUGCAGCUGGUGUCGCUUGAUCAAAAGGUUAGCGACAUCGACAGCAAACUUAGCGUUCUGAAAACCCAACUGGAUAGUAAUUAUUUGGCUAAUGAAGAUAUUAAUGCGGAGGCUAGCGAAAAGAAACCGAUUAGUAUGAACGUUGUUGAAAUUACUAAAGCUUUGAACACAGAAAUCUUGAACCAUGUUACCAAGAAACUAGAUCAACUGAAAGAAGUUACUGGAAAUCUGGACAGGAACUUACAGUACCACGUAAACGUGGUCAGUGAAAACUUGGGUCGUGUCCUCACUAUGGUUUCUGAUGUCCAUGAAGCCGUUGUUGACCAAGGUGAUUCUAAUAGAACCACCACUACUCAACCACCUUUCUUGAGAUCGAGUAAACUCGACACAUUGGUACGACAGAUGAAGCCAAUCAUCAACGUUUCCGAGAAAAUGGAUGAAGUCUGGGACGUUGUUGUUGGAACCAAAAGUUCAGUCGAUGAUUUGGUUCCCAAAUCCGAUGAGUUACUAACCCAAACUCAGAGGCAAGAGAGGGCAAUAGGCGAAAUGCAUAGCGAUUUCAGGUCUAAAGCAAAUAAGAUCAUCGCCAAUUUGGAUAUGGUAGAAAAACGAUUAAAGAAACAGGAGGACGAUGUAGCAACGUUAGCCCAAAGACCUGUACCAGCAGAACUACUCCUGGAUCCAACUAUAGAUAGAUUAGUAGAAUAUGAUUCAAACAGAUACAGCGUAGAUGAAUUCCCACCGGCCACCGAUACUACUAUACCAGUUACUUAUACAACAUUGCCGCCUCCAACAACAGCUACUCAAGUUUCGAGCACCAUAAACAUGACAAGUACCACAUUCCCUUCAACCUCCUCGACGCAGCAAACUAGUAGCGCCGAGAAAAGAGCAGAGAAAAGGAAAGGCGGCGUCAUUUUCCCAAGUGUGAAAAACAAACCUUCACCUGCAAACACCACGUUUACUACGGAUGCUGUUGCGAGCAUAAAAGACGUUAAGGGAUAUUCAUGUGUCGAUUUAUUAAAUGCCGGAAUGCGUGAUUCCAACGUAUAUUAUCUUCAAAUUCGUGGAACAACCUACUGGUUCCUGAAAGUAUUCUGCGAACAGGAAAUAGCGGAUGGCGGCUGGACUGUAAUUCAACGUAGAGAUGACUAUGGAGAUCCUCGCGAGAACUUCAACAGGGAUUGGAAUGAUUACAAAAAUGGUUUCGGUGAUCCAGCCAAGGAAUUUUGGCUAGGAAACGAGAACAUUUACAUGCUUACGAACAACGAAGAAUAUAUAUUGAGGGUAGAACUGGAAGACUUCGAAGGAAACAAAAGGUAUGCCCAAUACUCGCAUUUCAAAAUCUAUUCAGAAGCUGAAUACUAUAAAUUGGAGAUUGAUGGAUACGAAGGAAAUGCAGGAGACUCUCUGAACGAUCCAUGGUAUGGAAGUAACAAUAGUCCAUUCUCCACAUACAAUAGAGAUAACGAUCGAUCAAGCUUAAAUUGUGCGUCAAUGCUGAAGGGUGGAUGGUGGUGGAAGUCAUGCGGACGAGGAUUGAAUGGUUUAUACUUGAACGAUCCGCAAGACUUAACAGCGAGACAAGGUAUCGUUUGGUUCCGUUGGAGAGGAUGGGAUUACACACUGAAGAAGGCCAGCAUGAUGAUUAAACCAAAAGGUUUCAUUAAUACCACCUAAAUUGAAGAUUUGUUCGUUUUAAAGAAUUUGAGAAUGUUGUUCGAGAGAGUGAACCAAUUUAUAAUCACCGGAUAAUCAUAUAUUUUUCAUUCCUAAAAUCAU